AUGGCGACCUUGAAAUCAGCAAUCACUAGCAUACUAACCAACCCAAAGCAUUCACUAAGGAUCGCACCAUUGCUAGUCCUGGCAGAUGCAUUGCUCUCCGGCCUUAUUAUCUCGAAAGUACCGUAUACAGAGAUUGAUUGGAAAACAUACAUGCAGCAGAUAGCCCUCUACCAAGCCGGUGAACGCGAUUAUACCGCCAUCAAGGGCGACACCGGUCCUCUCGUCUACCCCGCCGCGCACGUUUACGUCUACUCGUUUUUGUACGAAUUAACGAACCAAGGACAAGACAUUGCCCUUGGCCAAAUCAUCUUCGCUGGAAUCUACAUUGCCACCUUGAUCGUCGUCAUGACUUGCUACCUAAGAGCCGGUGCACCGCCAUAUCUACUCCCGCUUCUUGUGCUGUCCAAACGACUGCAUAGCGUCUAUAUGCUGAGGCUUUUCAAUGAUGGUGUUGCCGCAUUUUUCAUGUGGCUGUCGAUAUUGCUCUUCCAGGGAGGAUCGUUGACGCCGGCCGUUACGGUCUGGUCGUUUGGGGUUGGCAUCAAGAUGUCUCUGUUGCUGCUUGCUCCGGCAGUUGCAAUCAUUGUGGCAUUGGCGGGUGGACUUGGGUUGGCUAUACCGCUUGCUUUAAACGCGAUUCUCGUACAGGUGUUGCUUGGUCUACCUUUUCUGCAGGAAAAUGCCAUUGGUUACUUGUCACGAGCAUUUGAGCUAACAAGGCAAUUCCUCUUUGAAUGGACUGUGAACUGGCGCUUUGUUACGGAGGAGGUCUUUGAAUCAUAUUUUUUCUCCGUCAAUCUUCUCGGUAUACAUGCCAUCCUUGUCCUUGCCUUCCUUGCGACUCGUUGGAUUCGCCCAUCCGGUCAAGAACUUGAUUCCUUUUCUCAGCAAUUCAUCCGGGGCCGUGCACCAAGAUUCACUCUGUCCAGCGCCUAUGUCACUACAACGCUCCUCACAUCAAUCGUCAUCGGCAUGCUCUGCGCAAGAUCGCUGCACUAUCAAUUCUUCGCAUACCUCGCCUGGGCUACUCCAUUCUUGCUGUGGCAAGCGAACCUCCACCCAGGGUUGAUAUACGCAAUUUGGGCGGUGCAAGAGGGGGCCUGGAAUGUUUUCCCCAGCACCAUUACCAGUUCGGUUGCGGUUGUGGCUUGUUUAGCUGCUCCAGUUGUGAUGCUUUUGGUGAACGAUAAUAGUUUGCAUGGACCGCAAGAUGAGGCGGAAGAAACCCUAAAAACAAAGUAG